GCUCCUCAUAAGCAACAUGAAGGUUCUUGUCCUCCUGAGUACACUUGUAUUGUCGGUCGUCGCUGAAGCGCCGAUCGACCGGUCGUACCUGCCUCCCAGCUCUGAGUACGGACCUCCCUCGGCCUCCUCUCUCAGCACACAAUACAGUGCUCCUUCAGCUGAUGGCCUCAGCACUCAGUACGGAGCUCCUGCGCUGACAGGCGCUGCUUUUGGCCGCUCCGGCGCUUCCAGCCAGGGUCCAGCAGCCCGCGUCUCCUCCAGCUUCGGAAGCGCCUCGUCGAGGACCUUGGGAGCAGGUAGGAGGAUCGGCGGUGGUGUCUCCAUUCGCUAUGGCGCUUCUUCGGCGGCUGGCCGUGCCACUGGCUUAGGAGGACUCGGUCUGUCCACACAGUACGGCGCCCCUUCUUACUCUGGUGACGCGCUCUCCACUCAGUACGGUGCGCCCUCUGGUAACGCUGGUGGCCUUUCUCCAGUGUAUGGAGUGCCUGGAUAUGGCUACGGUCGCGCUGGAGGCCAAGAGGAUUCGCUUGCCGAGCCGGCCAACUACGAGUUCAGCUACUCGGUGCAGGACGGCGAGACGCUGAGUGACUUUGGACAAGAGGAGUCCAGGCAGGGGGAGAGCGCCCAGGGCCAGUACCGCGUGCUGCUGCCUGACGGCCGCAAGCAGAUCGUCUCCUACCAGGCUGACGAGGGCGGCUACAGGCCCACCGUAGAGUACCAGGACACCGGACUCACCGCCUACUCUGCCGGCGGAUACGGCUACGGCAGGGGGCGCGCCGGAGCUGGUGCUGGAACCGGAAAUAGGGGAUACCACUACAGACGAUGAUGCUCAAUUGUUUUGGCUCUAAUCACGACGAAACUCUCAUAAACACACAAGCCUUAUGAGCGUGUAGUAUUUAUUUUAGAAUUUUUGUUAUCUAAUUUUCAGUAAUUUUCUGUGCUUAUGACAUACUUCCUAACUCCACAAAUAUCUAC